AUGCUUAGACAAACAGCUAAAGGCGCUCUAUUUCGGGCAAAAUUCUUAGGACGAUUUAAGAGCGAUUCUACGCCAUUUUCGGUGCGAGAUUUGGACUCGGUCUCUGCUGAGCAUCGGCCACUGGAUGCAGGUGAAACUCAAUACCAAUUCGGCCGAGUUGUAGAGGAUCAACAAUCUGAUAAAGUCUUUGUCUUGUCCAGGGAUGAAUUGCUGGAAAAUAAUCAGAUGAGUCCGUUCAGGAAUAGUUUAGGCGAAACGUUGCAGGGCGAGAACGCCAGAGAGUCAAGACUUUUACCGAAGACGUUAGAAGCAAGAGCGCCGGGAAAGCAAAUCCAGCUCAACCCCAAAGUGGCAGAUGCCAUCAGAAAUAACAUACUGAGUCUUCACAUCCCAAAUAAUCUGCGAAGAUCAGCUGGUAACCGAUUUGUCGAACUUCGACAGAGCAACCUUCACCGUUCUGCACGCACAAGCAUGGAGGUCGAUUCUCACGUUGCCUCUGUUUUCCUGCAAAAUUACGGCGCAUGCUUUCAGAGCUUAAGCGAGCUGCAGAAGCGCCUGGGUAACAACUUUUGGCCUGACAGGGUUCUGGAUGUUGGAUACGGACCUGCCACCGGCAUGGUGGCACUUAAUGACUUGCUCGGGGACGAAUACCGCCCCAAUGUAAAAGAUGCUGUCAUCGUGGGACAUAAAGAGAUGCAAAAACGAGCAAAGAUUAUUCUUGGCAGACAGUUGAACGAGGUAACAGAAGAUAUUCCCGCUAAGAAAGAAUUUGACGAGGAAGGGGACACAAUUGACGAAGAUAACGAUUUGGUGGGUGAGGUUAUGACCAAAAAAAUCAGGAUCAAGACCAAAUUACGAGACCAAGCACCAAGCUCGAAAAUGUACGACCUCAUCAUUUUGACCCACCAGCUUUUGAAAACCGAAGAAAAGUUCCCGCUUGAGGUCGAUACGACUGUUGCGAAUUACCUCAAAAUGCUGGCCCCGGGAGGUCAUAUAGUAUUGAUUGAGCGAGGAAAUCCUAUGGGUUUUGAGAUCAUAGCCAGAGCUAGACAGGUCGCCAUACGUCCUGAAAAUUAUCCUGACGAGCACGGCAAAAUACCCAGACCAUGGGGUAAGAGCAAGGCGAAAUUAAGUGGGGCCAUAGCCGAAAAGUCAUCCACUGCAUCAGAACUACCUGCAGAUCUCGAGAGUGAACACGAAGAAUUAAACGCCGAAGAUCAAUUGUUAAUGGAGGAGAUCAUGGAAGUGUCAGAUUCGCAAGAUUCGACUGAGAACUAUCAUCUCAAAGUAAUUGCGCCGUGUCCCCACCAUCGGAAGUGCCCGUUGCAAAUUGGGAAACCACAAUACUACGAAUAUGGCGAAGGCAAGGGUCUCAAAUUCUGCACUUUCCAGAAAUCUAUACUGAGACCUAGAUAUGCAAUAGAGUUGAAGAAGGGACGCCUUCUAGCAACUCCAUGGCAAAGCAAGGUGGAGCCAAUUGGCAUAAAAGGCCUGGCAAAAGAGGGUACGGGACGGCCUCACGGAAGAAACUAUGAAAUCCUGAACUACUCGUAUUUGAUAAUAGAGAGGUCCCAAACGGAUGCGACAACGGUUGAAAGUAUAUUUCAACAACGGGAGGCUCAAAACGAGGCAUACGAACGUGGAUCGCUAGGUGACGGGACGCCAAACACAUGGCCAAGAAUCAUAAAGCAGCCGCUGAAGCGCAAGGGCCAUGUCGUUUUGGACUUGUGUGGGUCAUCAGGACUAGUCGAGAAGUGGACAGUUCCUAAAUCAUUUUCAAAAGAGAUCUAUCAUGACGCAAGAAAAGCGAUGAAGGGAGACCUGUGGGGUCUUGAGGCCAAAACAAAAGCGCCAGGAAUGGGAGGAUUGAAUGUUAAGAAAUUAGAGAAGGUCGAACAGGAGAAGAUUCGCGAGGCAAGACGGCAAUUGAAGCGCAAAGACCUUGAACUCAAGCAGGCAGUCACUGAGAUGGAUUUUAAUGACGAGCUCACACCUGAAGAAAGCGUGGACGUGCUAGCGGCAAUGUACGGGGGCGAGUUCGAAAGGAACAAGAAGUAA